AUGAUGACAGGGGAGAAGAUUAAAGAGAAGAGAUAUUUCAAAUUGAUCUAAAAAUUAUUCAAUGUAUUAAAAAGAAAAGCAGCUUACAAAAAAUUCUAAAAAUAGAAUUCUGAUUUAAUUAUUUCAUAAUACAAUAGAAGGAUUAUCAAUUAAUCUUUAAAGAUUUGGCUGAGUAAAUUGUUAAAAUAAAAAAUUCUCCUUGAUUAAGAAUAAAGUUGCUGCAUUUCUUAAUUGAUAGUCAUAGAUCAAUAGCAAUCAGUUGAGGUUAUUGAACUAAGUCAAAAUUAUCAAAAUAAACUAGAAUAGCUAAAAUUAUACGAAGAAGAAGUCAAUAACUAUUAAAUGAUACAAGCAAAUUAAAAUUAAAUUUAAAAGGAAUUACAAAUGCAAUAGUAUAUAUUUAUCUUAUAUUUGUGA